AUGAAAUUUUUAAAGAGGGACUCAUGAUGGGCUUGUGAGACUAGGCAUUUCCGUGCCAGGUGGAUUGACGUUGGUUUUAUUGAGAGCCUGAAGAAGAGCUGAGGAAAUCAAGGUGACUUUGAAGAACAGUCUAUCGAAGUCAGUGGUAUCUGAUAUUUGAUGGGCAAGAUAAGCAAGGAAACAAGAAAUAAAACCUGGGUGGGUGAUGUGAGAAUGGGGAUAAAUAAAAUAUAA